CGCCCUUCGCUGGGAUUUUACAAGUGCAUUAGCGAGUUCCCUGCGAUUUCCCGUAAACGCAUUUGCGAAAGAAAACCUGAAGUUCUUGGUACAUUAGAAGCAGAGCGCAUCGUUGCCAAGAAUUUUGUUAAAGGGAAGCCUCAGUACAUGGUAAAAUGGUUUCACUUCUGUGCGAGUGACUGAACACUUGGGAACCGAAAGAUCAUCUGCCGCUAGACUUGGUCGAGGCCUUCGAAAACCCUGAUCCGGAUCCAGUUCGCGUAGAAGAGGCAAGAGAGAGGAUCAGUCUCGUAUUUGAGAGAGUGAUGAAAGUCCCUCUUCAAUAA